CUCUCUGUGUUUCUCUCUAUUUCUGUCUGUUUCUCUCUCUAUCCAUCUGUCUCUCUUUGUCUGUUUAUCUCUGUCUCUGUCCAUCUGUCUCACUUUUUCUUUCUGUGUUUUCUGUCUCUAUCCAUCUGUCUCUUUCUGUCUGUUUUUUGUCUCUGUCUUUAUCCAUCUGUUUCUCUCAGUCUCUCUCUUUAUUUGUCUAUCUCUUUUUUCUCUCCAUUUGUCUCUCUUACUCUUUUUUUUACUGUCUCUUUCGUGUGUCUUUCUGUGCGUGCCUCUCCAUCUGUCUCUCUCUCUAUCUGCAUUUUUGUCUCAGUCUCUAUCUGUCUCUCUCUUUCUCUCUGUUUUCUAUCUCUGUAUCCAUCUGUCUCUCUUCUUUCUAUCUGUCUCUCUAUCUUUUUCUCUCCAUCUGUCUCUCACUUUCUUUCUCUCAAUCUGCCUCUUUUACCUGUGUGUCUCUUUUACUGUGUGUGUCUCUCUCUCUUGUCUCCCUCUCUCCCUCCCUCUCUCGGAUUAUUGCGUAACUGAUCUGCAGGGGGGAGCUGAAGCUGUAGCGGUGACCCAGUAGAGAGGCUGCGGGCGGUUAGAUAAUUGAUUCUUUAUUUAAUGGUGUUUUAAUCGGUGUUUUAUCGUCCAGGUGUUUCAGCUGAACUUCAGGUGUCAGUAAAGGAACUUCAGCUGAGUGUGCUGGUAGAUGAUCCCGAGGAGGAGCUGCUGCUGGAUUGCCUGUGUUUCAGUCAGAAGCCGCGGUGUGUCCACGCUCCUGUUACUGACGGCUAGAUCUCCUGUAGCCUGAAGAAGAAGAAGAGGAGAUAAGCGGGAGCUCCGGUGAAGAUGCUGGUGGUGGGAGCUGGGCGCUCUGAUUGAAGCAGGUCAGUGAUCAUGUCCGCAGCCCGGGAGGUUCUGCUGGUGGGAGAAGGGAACUUCUCGUUCGCGGCGGCGCUGUGCGACAGUCUGGACCCUGGAGUCCGAGUUACAGCCACCUGUUUACAGCCCGAGGCUGAAGCCCUGUCCCGGGAGAACACCCAGAACAACAUCCAGCACCUCCGAGACCAAGGCGCUACGGUACUUUUUGAGGUGGACUGCACGCACCUGAAGGAGCAUGAGGUGAUUCGGCACCACCUUUAUGACUGCAUCGUCUUCAACUUCCCACACUGUGGCCGAAAAAGUGGAGUCAAGAAGAAUCGAACCCUCCUGGCCAAGUUCUUUGCGAGCUGCGCCGAGGUGCUUAAGGACAAUGGGGAAGUGCACAUGGCUUUGUGCAAUGGACAAGGUGGCACUCCAUACGACAACCCAAUGAGAGAGUGGCACAAUAGCUGGCAGGCAGUUUCCAUGGCAGCAGAGGCCGGUCUCAUCCUCAGUGAUAUUCGCCCAUUUGAUUGUGACCAAUUUCAAGGAUACAGAUGCACAGGUUACAGGAGUCAGGACAAAGGUUUUCAUGUAGAAGGAGCACUGACCCACAUUUUUACCCGGAGCCUGCCAUACACCAUGCCAGAGAAGCUGAAAAUGGUCACAACUAUUGGAAAGGAGACUGUUAGUUAUGAGGCUCCAGAGGAGUUGAGUGAAUUUAUGAACAGGGAUUUCCUUAGCCAACAGUCACACCAUCCUGUAAAGACUGUACUGGAACAGUUGCUUCGAGAGAUCAAAUCCUCAUGGCCGGUUUGCACAGUGAGUGGCAGCUUCCCAGAGUUAGUACACUGCUGCCCAGAGAACCUCCGUUCUUGUGGUUUGACACUUACCCCUUCUGAAGUCUUCUGGAUCAAGCCCAUUGAAACCCACCCCCUUGACCAGUGCAAAGAUGGCAUGCAAGACUGUGAGCCUAUGGACAAUCAGCAGAUCUCUGGAGGAAGCUUUGCUCUUCGGCCGUCUCUGUUACUGCAUGUGCAGGAGAUCAUGCAGAACGAGGACUUUAGUCCUGGAACUCUUCAUGCCUUGAGCGGACUGGUCUUCCAGAGAGUCCCCAUAUCUCCUAACCGGUACCCUGCCUACCACCAGCUUCUCCUCGUCGGUGUGCUGCCCUCCAAGUCUAAGCCCCUUCAGUGCCUCAGAGAGUGUGUGGAAGGCCUGCUCUCACCUUACAAUGUUUCCUUCAAGGAGGACCAACUUGGGGAGGAACAUCAAAUCUGGAUUAACUCCAAAGAUGUCCAGAACUUUGGCAGGAUGACAUCAGUUCCAGUCCCAGGGUCUGACUUCCAGAGAUCCCUUCAGCUUUGUGUGUUAUUGCUGAACAUAGACCACUUGGCGGCAUUGACCUUCUCCAUCCCUGACUGGCGCCUGCUGUGGACCUAUGAUCCACGCUUCCUUGCCCAUUUUGAAACUCAGGACGUUGGUUCGUUCCGGCCCUUCUCGCUGUACCCGGCCAGUUACUCGCAUGACAUCAGCUUCUGGAUGGAACCAGAGAGCUUUGAUGAGCUAGACUUUCAUGCUGUUGUACGGGUGGCCACAGCUGGAGCAGUCAAGGGCGUGGCACUGGUGGACCGGUUCCGCCACCCACACAUGGGCCACGCUAGCCUGUGCUACAGGCUGGAGUACCAUUCAAAUGACCGUGCACUGUCCCACAGCCAAGUGCUGGCUCUGCAGGAACAGCUGCGACGGCUGCUGCCUCUUCGCCUCCAGGUUACACUCAGGUAAAAUCCAAAAAGGAGGUGAUCCACUGGCUUUUUGUUUACCUCUCCAAUUGGUACGAACUUUGCAGUACCACUGGCUUUGGAUGCUUUAAGCUCAUGGAGUUCUUUGCUCCAGUGGUACACACAGUUUCAAGCUCCCCCUGCCUCACAUCCUAACUUAUCCAACACUCUGACUUCAUAUCAAACUUGUUCUUGAGCUAAAUUAUGUGUCCUGGGGCAGGGAGUACUUAAAACUCAUCACAGCAGGGGGUGCUGCUGUUGUUUGGAGGAUCUUACUGUUAUCUUCCUGUGAAGUGAGACUUCAGGGUUUCCCCAGGACCUAAAAUAAGGAUUCUUAUCAUGUCUGUGCUCCUGUAACUGUUUACCAAACCGUGUGGUGAUCUCUCACUGACUCAGGAGUGGGACACUGGCAUUUUUUUUAAUCUAUGUGCAACUACCAAAAUAUCUUUGCUGGGCUAUAAAUCUAUAUUACAGGCUGAAGUAAUAAAAAAUGACAUCCAUCAGAAAGCUCAACUUCAUUUUAGAAGUAUUACUACAUGUUGUAGUAACAGAAUAUGUAAGAAUGUACACCAUACACCAAGAAACACCAGGUGGCUACUGAAGAUAUAUAGUAGGUGUGUAUCGUUGUGUCUAGUUGUGGUACAGUUAAACAUUUUGGAAUCACUGUGAAAUCCAUGCUUACAAUCCAGGUUUCCAAUCCCAUUUAGAUGCAAAUAAAAUAAUUAAGAAUGAUUACAUUAGAAUCACAGUGAAUUGCAAAUUGAUAAUUAGUACUGUAUCAGCCUGAUGUUUACAUUUGACCAAAAUAUCAAAUCACAGAUCUCUCUUGUAUUAACGAGAAAUAACAAUAAUAACAAUAUUGUAAUGCAAUAUGAAUAAUCUGUUAUCCUGAUCCAGGUAUUUAAAAUAUUUUAAUAUUUUUUCCCUGUAUAGCAGCACUGACCUAGAUUUCUCACAUAUUUGAAUUCAGAAAGCUUAUUAUUAUUAUUAUGUUUUUAAAACAAGAAUUUAAAAAUAUUAUGAUAAAAAAUACUAUUAUUAAAUAAUAUAUACUAAAUAGACCAUUUUCAUCCAAGGGUUAAGUUUGGUGACUACAGACAGAAAAUUUAAUGUAAAUCAGAUAGUGAAUGUUGAUAUCACUUGUUAAAUGUAGAUAAUAAAGGGACUUUUAAAGGGACUUAAACAUCACCUAAUGUGAUAUUAAAAGUGCUUGAUGAAGUGGGCAAUAUGUUGAUAUGUUUUAAAACAAAUGUAGAAGAGAAACAAUUACAUGCAAAAUGUACAUGAAAAAUAUGUUCAAAUGUUUGUGGACACCCAUUCUAAUGAACACAUUCAGCUACUUUAAGUUGUACCCAGUGCUGACACAGAUGUGCAGUUCACACACAGCUUAUCUAGUCCCUGUAGAGAAGUAUAGCUAAAAGAGUAAGGUUCUCUGGAGCAGAUAAACAUGAACCUAUUAGCAACAUGUUCAUUACCUGAUGUAGGCUAGAUGAAUCAUUGAGCUGAGAGAGCUGUUCGAAAUUUACAUUUACAGCUGAUGAUGCUGUUUUACCCAUCUGUAUUUGCAAGGCUGAGCUAUAAAUAAACGUAUUAAAAUAUAUAAAUUGAGGUAACCAAACUAUCAUAGCUGUGAAGCUGUGGCACUAUUACAUAUCUGGAUGUUAUUUCUGACAGGAAUAAAUAGUAAUAAUAAACAGUAGGAGGAAGGAAGCAUUAGAAAUGAUUUUUGGUGGUGUUUCAUCUCUGCUGAUAUUACAAUGUGUGUGACCAGCACCAAGAGGUAAUAAUCAGACAAUGCCUAUGCACUGUACCAGACAAGCAAACUAUAAUAUAACUUACUUGCUUACUUAUUGACCCUUUAAUUUACUGUUACCAGUCUCUUCUUGAGUUUCUUUAGGACGUUAUAUGGAUGUUUAAGCUGCAUGACGAGGCAUGUUUACACUAAUUAAUGAUGAAAAAAGUGUGUUAAAACAAACCCACAACAUAUAAGUCUGUAUGUCAUAAUAAUAAGAGACAUUAAAAACGAGGAUCUCAAUAAUUCAUAUGAUCUGGACUGAGUUAUUCACAUACCAUAUACACACUUAUGCAAAGUUUUGGGCCAACACUAUUUAGUACAUUUUAAAGCAACAUUAAUAAUAAUAAACUUAUGAAAUUUAAGAAAAGCAAAAAGUUGCCCCAACAAAGUGUUUGUGUGUACAAUCCACAAUUUUACAGUGAAUUUGCUGCUACAUAUGAUGAAGUUUGCCUUUAGAAUGUUUGAAAGUGGUUUACUCUGUUCUAGCGUUGGAUUUUACUGUGAUUUGUUUUUUCUGAAGAUGGACUGAAACUCUUUUUUGUGCAGUGUUGUAUGCAAGUGUUUGAAAUAGUUGCUUUUUUAAAAUAAAAAAAAACCCUACCCUUUCAGAGAAUUGCCUGAAUAUGCUUGAAUGGUAGUUCUCUGACAUCUCGAUUAAACUUUCUGAAAAGCUCAAGUGUU